UUUUUUUUUCUUUUUUUCUUCUUCUUCUUUUUCCUUUCUCCUUUCAUUUCUCUCUAUUCUCUUUUUUUUUUUUUUUCCUUCACUCCUUUCCAUUCCUUUCUUUAUCAUGGUGUUCAAGUCCACUUUACUUUUAUCGCUUGCUCUCGUUCAACUUGCUAUCGCUAGUACUGUCACCAUCCUCAAUCCUAAACCAAAAGAUGUUUGGCAUCCUGGUCAAAUUGUAGAAUUCAAAUGGAACGCUACUACUCCUUCCCAUAAUGAACAUUCCAAGCUCAAGUCUAGUUCUCAUGGUAUGUUAUCUAUUGCUCUUGCAACUGGUCCUGCUCAAUCUCUUACUAUUGACCGAGUCAUUGCUUCCAAUGUCAAUAUUACCAAAGGUUCUUACAAAUGGAAAGUUCCAAAGACCAUCAACACUGCUAAAAAAUAUGUGGUAGAAAUUGGUCCUAAUGCUUCUGACAUUGCUUUUGCUGGUUACAUUUCCAUUGUCAAGUCACCUUCCAAUACUACAUCCAUUAAACCAACACCCACUAUUAAACCUCAUCAUAACAGUACCACCGUCAAACCCACCUCAACUAUCACUUCUACCGGUAAACAUGAACCUACCUCUGUUUGUAUUGUUGUGCCCAACAAGAACGGUGGUCAACCUACCAUCAAGUGUCAUCCCUCUAAACCCUCUACCAAGAAAAAUCACAAAAAGUCUCACCCCAAGAAGAAGGCCGAUCCCAAGAAGAAAAAAUCCCAAUCUGCUUCCUUCUCCACUCCUGCUGCUCAAGUCGCCACCCCCUCUAUAUAAAUUAGUCUAGUUUACUGACUUUCCUCCCUUCCUAUUUUUUUUUAUAUCUUACUCUCCCUCUUUUAUUUGUAUCCAUUUGUGUACUCUUUCCUUUUUUUUUUCUUUCUUUCUUUCUUGUCUUAUAUUUCUAAAUAAACAAGAAGGAAAAUGAUCUUCCAUAUCAAAUCAAA